AUGUCGCCGUCUGGGCGCCCGCUUUCCGCGAUUGCAAAUGGCACAAUUGCAUUCACAGCGAAGGUGUCUGGCGUGCCGGAUCUGAUACUCCAGCUCGGGUGUCCGGGUGGCAUACAAAGCGCCGUCUCAUUACCCGUCUUUCACCCAUGCGUACGACUAAACAGGUGGAAAGAGCGGCCCGGAGAGCUCUCCUUCGUCCCUCCAGACGGCCGCUUCGUCCUGGCUGGCUAUGAAGUAGACCUGCUCGGCGACGCCGCCCUCGAUGCCUUCUCCAAAUCCGCAACCUCAAAAUCCCUCCCGAAACUAAACGUCCCCGCCACCGUAUCCGUACACCCUUCUCUCGGCCCCUCUGGCUCCGACUUCGAAGUCCGCCUGCAACUAAACCCGCGCUUCACAGGCAAAUCGCCAGCCCCACACCCCGGCUCAACCAGCGGUCUCGGCCGCGGCGCAGGCUUCGCAUCAUCCGGCACCACUGCGGCCCCUGCAAUUGAAGAAAUGGUCGUUCACGUCCCGCUCCCAGCGAGCGUCAAGAACGUCGCCGAUUUGCGCAUGGUACGGGGCACAGGAGAUGCGGGCUACGCGCCCGGGGACCGCAGCAUCGAGUGGCGCAUCAGCAGCCGCGAAAUCAGCCUCCUGAUGGCCCAAGACCGCGGCGGCGGCGUCGGCGCAACAGCCUCAUUACGCGGCACCGUGGUGGGCGAAUCUGAAGACGCGCCCGACCUCGAGCCCGUGUCGUUUUCCAACGACUACGACGACGACGAGAACCACGAACAUACACCCAACCUUCCCAAGAAAAAAGACAGCAGUGCAGAGAAGAACAAGACCCUCAUGCCCUCGUGCGCGACCGUCAGUUUCUCAGUCAAGGGAUGGCUGCCGAGUGGGAUCAAAGUCGAGAGUCUGCAGCUCGAUCAGAAGAGGAGUGUGGGCUUGGGCAGUGGGGUGACGCCGUACAAGGGGGUCAAGUAUCUGUGUGUUAGUCGCAGGGGGGUCGAGGCGAGGUGUUAG